AUGGAAAACGCUGGUCAAGAAAUACAUGCUGAUAAAGAUGAGACACGACAGCUUGAUGAAUCACCAUGUAUGACACCAAAUGGUGUCACCGGCCAGUGCAUAAAUAUAAACGAAUGCAAAGAUCUGUUGGCAAUACUCGACAAUCCGCAACGUUCAAAAGAAGAAAUUGAACUCUUGAGGCGAUCACACUGUGGAUUUGCAGACAAGGUGCCAAUGGUUUGUUGCCCCCAAAUUACACCGCCGUUAGACCGACGAUGUUUCACCUACGAGGGCAAAGAGGGAACAUGUCUUGGAUUGUACUCCUGUCCACUAUUAAUGGGUCUUCUAAAACCUCCAGUGUCGAAGGACAACUUGAGUUACGUACAAUUAUCGAGAUGCGAAAGCCCAGACCGGUACAGCGUGUGCUGCGGUCCCGAUGAAGCAGUGCCUCCUGCUCCUGGUAAACAAGCCAUGUGCACCCUCACUGCCGCACCACCUGACCCUCGGACCGAAUGCUGUGGACUGGAUAGCGGAGGAGGGAAUAGGAUAUUUGGUGGAAACGUAACAGCCAUCGACCAGUACCCAUGGUUGACGCUCAUCGAGUACAGAGGUGUUCGAGACGAUAGGAUUAAGCUGCUUUGUGGUGGGGCCCUCAUCAGCGGUCAGUAUGUGCUGACCGCAGCACACUGCGUUGUUGGACCAGUAUUAAAUAGCGGAACGCCAAUAAACGUGCGUUUGGGUGAAUACGACGUGAGCUUCAGUGGUAGGGACUGCGUGCAAGUCGAGGGUGGAGGGACAGACUGUACGGACCCUGUGGUCACUAUAGCUAUUGAGAGGACCAUUCCCCAUAAGGAUUACAACCCUUCCGCUAAACUGAGAAGGA